UUGAAAGUUGGUUUAAUCACAGUCGUGUGUGUGAGAGAGAUGAGUGAGAUGACGUUCAACGACCUUCCGGAAGAUUUGGUAGUGGAGAUACUCUCUAGGGUUCCUGCUGUAUCUUUGGCAAGGUUACGAUCAACAUCCAAAUACUGGAACGCUUUGAUUAAAGAUGGGAGAGUACUUGCUAAGAAGCACUUUGCUUAUGCUCCAAGGCAACCUAGGGCUCUCGUGUUGAUUGAUAACAGGGUUUAUUCAGUGAAACUUAAUCUCCAAGAAAUCCAGAAUAACCUUGCUCCAUGGGUUAAAGUAACAUGCCACUUUAGUCUAAAAGAUCCUCUUUCUAAUCAAUCUUCUAAAGAAGUUGAUAUACGCGACGUCUUUCACUGUGACGGCUUAUUACUAUGCAAAACCAAGGACUAUAGACUAGUGGUUUGGAAUCCAUGUUCAGGUGAAACCAUAUGGAUUCAAUUACCUAGGUGUUCCUACAAGGAAGAGGACUGCUAUGCUCUCGGUAAAUCCUCUUGCAACAAGUACAAAAUCUUGAGGCAGGAUCAUCUUAUCGAUCCUAGCCAAGAACGUUACGUUACCAAAAUAACGUGGGAGGAUAUUAUUAAUUCUAGACAAGAUCGUUACGAGCACGAAAUCUAUGACUUUACCUCUAAUUCAUGGAGGGGUCUUGGAGUGACCACCGACUUGUUCAUUCCUGAAGAGAUUUACAGAGGCACAUCUGUAAAUGGAAUUACUUACUGGUGUGAUAUAAAUAAAGAAUCAUUAGUAAGUUUUGAUUUCUCAACAGAGAGAUUUAGAAGUGAGCCUAUCCCAGAGGGUGAGAGUCCUUUGGCUUUAUCAGUGACUGAACAAGGGCAACAACUUUGUAUGUUAUCUACUCAUUCCACAUGUGUAAUGGAAACCAAUGUUAACUUAUGGAUAGCAACAAAGAGUGUGAACACUGGAGCAAUGUCAUGGAUAAAGUUCCCAAUAUUUCAGGGAACCGGUCUACGCUAUCGUCAUCAUUUUAGGGAAUGGGUGAGUUUCUUCGCCCACCAGAAGAAUGAGAAGUAUGUUGUAGUUUCGUGUCAUAGAACCAACCGGCACUCCCAGAACAUCAUACACAUUGUGGUAGAUGGUAAAUUCAUAGAAAUGGGUCAUCAUGGUGCAUAA